GGUCGCGGCUGUGUGCCUAAAUCUUACGGCCUGCUGCGCUGCCUGCUCGCCUGCGGGCGCGGACGUGCAGGGUGCGCCUCAGCUUACUCGGAACGCGCGGCCCCCUGUGUCCGCCUGUCCGCCUCGUGCACCGCGCCUUGCCGUGUCGAGCUCCCGCUCCCCCGCUGCUGCCAUGUCGGCCCAGUCACCCGCCGAGCAGCCCUGGGAGCUGUGGUACUGGCCCGGCAUGAAGGGCCGGGGCGAGUACGUGCGGCUGGUGUUUGAGGAGGCGGGGGUGCCGUACAAGGACAUGGGGCAGAGCGCGGGCCUGGCGGGCAUUGUGGAAUGGGUGUGGAAGGGCGGCAACACGGGCUUCCCCGUCCGGGCGCCGCCGGCGGUGCGGCGCGGCGACUUCACUCUGAGCGGCACACCCGUGCUCAUGGCCUACCUGGGUCGUCAGUUCGGGCUGAUGCCGACUGACCCCGAGGAGGCGGCGCACGUGGAGCAGCUGCUGGCGGUGGUGACGGACGGCGUGGGGGAGGGCCGCCUGGCCUUCCACCCCAAGGACUUCUACGCCAGCCACAAGACGCAGGUGGAGGAGUCGGCGCCGUACAUCGAGCAGUACGGCAAGCAGCGCCUGCCCAAGUACAUGUCGUACUGGGAGGAGGUGCUGACAAAGAACCCGCACCAGUCGGGGUUCCUGGUGGGCAAGGACAUCAGUGUGGCCGACCUGGCCGUGUACCAGUACAUGGCGGCGGCGCAGCAGCACUACAGGCGCUGGUACGACGACGUGGAGGCGCCCGCGGCCAAGGCACACCAGGCCCGUAUCGCCGCCCGCCCCCGCCUGGCCGCCUACCUGGCCUCUCCGCGCUGCCCGCCCUGGGACAGCGACAGCAUGAUGUAGUGAUGUGGCGUGAUGUGGGGGGAGGGGGGAGCGAGGAGGUGGGCGGAGGCGGUUGUGAGGGGCGGCGUGGCGUGCGUGGUAACUUGUGUGUGAGACAGAGGGGGGAGGCGCGCGGCAGGAGCUCGCUUAGGCAGUUGCGAGGUAGGUGUGCAGCUACCGAGGCACCCACAGCGGGAAGCGGGGCCUGGCUAGGGGCUGCGGGUGCGGGUGGGUGCACGUGUUUGCCGCGGGGCGGCGGCGGCUGACAGCAGGGCGUGAUCUAAAUGUUGCAUACGCCUUGGUCGUGAUACAUCCUUCACUGUAGAGCAACCCGUAGUGCUCCGGUAUCGGGCUUGAGCUGGGAAUUGCGCAGUUCUUGUCAUUUGUACAAUUGUACCACAGGUAACUGCUGGGGGCACCAAUCAUGUUGAGGCUGGUGCAUGAGGAAGCGCAUUCCAUGAUUCAUUGGGUGCGUGGCGGCGAUCGCCCUCAAACAUCAGUUGCAACAGUGUGCAAUACGAGCAACCAAGCAUUAGAUGCUCUUUGGAAUCAACAGUGCCCA